ACGGAGCGCCUCGUGAUUUUGUCGCCGCAGAUCCAAGAGCCUUUCCAGCAAUGAGUUCCAUGUUCAAGAAGAAGGGCGGCCUCGCCUUCAAGCCAAAGAUCCCGUCUGCUCGGCCUCGCCCCGCGAUCCCCGCUACCGAUGUUCACGUUCAGGUCGAGAAGGAUGUCGUCGAGACAGAGGCAGCAUCGAUUACAGCGGUAGAAAGCCCGAGUGUUGAUGCGAGGGAGGCCUCAAGCAUCGUCGCCAGCACCAGCGAGUCUGAGAAUGCCGCCUCUCCGGAGCCGUCCAACAUUGCAAAAGAUGACUCGAUUGUCGCAUCUGAACCACCCGCCCAGCAGCAUGUCUCUGGCCUGAAACCUCAAGAACAACCAACCCCGGCUGCUGAACAGCACCCAAGCGCUCCAGAACCCUCAGCUACGCAAUCAAGCGCUACAGAACCCUCAACUACACACUCAAACGAAGGGGCAGAAGCCGCGACGGCAAGCCCACCACCCUUGGAGCAGCAGCCAAGCGCCCCGAGACCGCGAGAACCACUUCCCGUUAUUGCAGAUGACAACAUUGCGCCAGAACUGCGAGAUCCCCCACGCGCUCCCCAGGAAGCUCAAGAUCAUGUGCCCGAGACUACAGACUCAAAUGAAGCCACACCUCCAGCAGCGCCCCCGGGCCCGAAAACAAGAAGCAGGAGGAAAGCGCCCGAGUCAGCAGCAGCGCCGGAUGGUGUCGAUGACCAACGCAAAACCCCAGCAGCGAAUGAGGAUGGUUCGACAACGACGGCCCCGAAGCCCAGGCAGCAGAAGCGCAAAUCAUCCUCCCGGGAUGGGACAGCCACGCCGCGGACACGCGCGAGAAGGGCUCGCUCAGUGACGCCAGACGACGCAGAAAGCCAGGUCGACUUGCACAUUGGCAAAAAGUUCAGCCGCCACGACGAGCUGCGCGAGCGGGAACGACAAUCCAGGAUAAAGUCCAAGCUGAAGAAGCUCAUGGGCGGCGGCGGCGGCGACGGCAGCCACGGCGCCGCCGACCCGUCGGUCAUCAAGAGCAAGAGCGCCACGCCAACAGCAACAGCCCUGUCGUCGUCCACGCCGGCAGCGGCAGCGGCAGCAGCGGCACCCGCACCCGCCUCGGGCCCGCAGUUCCGCAUCGUCGACGGCCAGAUCAUCAUCGACCAGAGCUCGCUCGUCAUGGACAGGCACGCGCGCGCGGCCGCGACGCGGGGCGACAUGGAGACGGUCGAGGAGAACGACUUCACGCGGCUCAUCACCAGCAGCUCCUUCAUGAACACGUCCAAGCUCAAGGGCCCCAACAUCUGGACCGAGGAGGAGACGGAGCUCUUCUACCGCGGCCUGCGCAUGUUCGGCACCGAGUUCGAGAUGAUCUCCAAGAUGUUCCCCAACAAGCAGCGCCGGCACGUCAAGCUAAAGUACAACCGCGAGGAGCGCCACUGCCCGCACCUCAUCAACGCCGCCCUCAUCGGCGAGAAGACGGUGCGCAUCGACAUUGACGAGUACAAGGCCUUCACCGGCAUCGAGUUCGAGUCCGUCGAGAGCAUCGAGGCCGAGCAGCGCAAGAUCCAGGAGGACUUUGAGGCCGAGCAGAAGCGCAUCGCCGACGAGCAGGCCGAGGUCAUGCGCAAGAAGCGCGAGGAGCUCUUUGCCGACGAGGACGCCGCCGCUGCUGGGAGCGGCAAGAAGGGGAAGAAGGGGAAGAAGAAGGGGAAGCAGGCUGUGCAGUAUGGGUUGAAUGGCGAGCCGAUUCUUGCUUGAGAUGUGGCUAGUUUCUUGUUUGCUUUUUUUUUUCCCUUUUUUUUCCCCAUCCUUUUGGGCUGUCAGCAUAGAAUCGGCGUUUCUUUUCAGGACAGGCGGACUUUGCGAUUGCUUUAUAG